CGCUGGCUGCGAUUUCCCGGAAGUGGGUCGGAUCGUCAGCGCGGAGGCGAACAUGGACGAUGGGCUGCAGCUCGGAGACGCGGCGGUGAAGAAGAACGCCGCCAGGUCGGGGCGCAGAGCGCGGCACGCGGCGGAACGCACUUCCUCGGACGAGUCCCGCAAAGCGUCGUCUUCGCCUUCCGUGGGAGAGGGGCCACCGAAGCCGCCGCGCCGGCAGGGCGGAUGGGCAGAGGAGACAUCGGGACCCGGUUCUGCCAAGUCUGGGAGACGACCUGCGCUGGAAGAGCAAGAGGACAGACGCCUGCGACCGCAGACCCCCCAGGGCUCCGAUGAUGAAGAUAUCCCUGUGAUCCCCGACCUGGAGGAGGUGCAGGAGGAGGACCUCACCGCGCAGGUGGCCGCCCCGCCCAGCAUUCAGGUGAACCGGGUUAUGACCUACCGAGACCUGGACAACGACCUCAUGAAGUACUCAGCCUUCCAAACUCUGGAUGGUGAGAUUGACCUGAAGCUCCUCACCAGGAUUUUAGCACCUGAGCAGGAGGUCAGGGAGGAGGACGUGGGCUGGGACUGGGAUCAUCUGUUCACGGAGGUGUCCUCGGAGCUGCUGAGUGAGUGGGAUCAAGGCGAGGAGGAGCAGGCGCAGCCGACCUUGGUCUGAGGCCUCGUCGGAUCUUCGGCGCCAUUACGGACUUCGCUUUCCACACAUUUCAUAAGGGCUUGCACUCAUUCUACUGUGUUUGUACAGAAAAUACAAUGUUUAACGUCUUUUUGUAAUUUUAACUUUUAUACUGUAGAAGAUAUUUAGCUG